CUCCUCUUCCAUACAAGAGAUCGAUGAUAGCACCGGAUGUCGCAAGAGCUGUGUUAGUUCUCCGAUGAGCGAGGACUUGUUGCUAUCAACUAGAAACUUUGGCAAAGCAGAGCUGCAGUUGCUGAGAAGCUGUAACGAUGCUGCACAAUUUGACAAUAUUACUGUUGACAACCGUGCUGACGUGUUGCAAGGCGAGCGUAGUAGAAGAAGAAGCCCAUGUCUUCAGGGAGAGCCAUCAUCUUCAUCGAGCAGAACUAAAGGAAAUUUUCUUGCGACUAGUAACUCAUCUUCCUCCUCGAUACUAGUCGACCAAGAUGAGGCUAGCGAUGAGUAUUCCUCAGUUUUAUCAUCUUCAAGGUCGUCGUCUUCAAGCGAUAUAGUGGUGCUGGACGACGACGACGACGAGGAGAGCUUUGACGAGCAAAGGGAAGUUGUUUCAUCUACAAAGCAAAGAAGAAAGCGAGCAAGAGGGAGAUUGAAGGAUUCUUCGAAUCUGCUGCGUGAUCCGAAGAGGCGCUGCUCUGAAAAAAGCAUAGUGGGGCACUACGACAACAAAACGAAAAAUCGGACAAAGGAGAAGCGUCGGGAAGAUCAAAACGUUACUCUUGUCGAAGAAAGUGACGAUGACUUAAGCAGCAGUCGUGGCGGUAG